GAGUACGCAGAUGCCCAAAGCACUCUUUCCCCCGAUGAUGCCCUUUUCGUGGACGUUCUUCACACCAACACUCGCGGUUCUCCAGAUCGCAGCAUUGGAAUUCAGAGGCCGGUGGGCCACAUUGACAUCUACCCCAACGGAGGAACCUUCCAACCCGGCUGUGACCUCCAGAACACUGUGUUGAUGGUGGCCACCUCGGGUUUAAGAAACAUGGAUCAGAUCGUGAAGUGCUCCCACGAGCGCUCCAUUCACCUGUUCAUCGACUCGCUGCUGAACCAGGAGCAAGAAAGCAUGGCUUACCACUGCAGCUCCAAAGACAGCUUCAACAAGGGCAUGUGCCUCAGC